AUGUCCACCGCCAAUCCCUCCGACACCGACACGGCGUCACCGCCAUCUCGUCCCACCAUCACCCUCCCUCCCCGUCCCUCCGUCGAAGCUUUCUUCGCCGGCGCCGCCAGUCCCGGUCCCAUGACACUGGUUUCAAGCUUCUUCGCUACUGAAUCCGCCACUUUCUCUCAGCUUCUCGCCGGAGCUAUGGCGUCUCCGCUCGCGUACUCUUCCGCCGCGGCGGAGAAUUACUUUGUUAAAGAAGAUGAGUUCUCCGUGUCCCACAGAAGUACAGGGUUUAAGCAGAGUCGACCGAUGAACCUGAUUGUUGCGCGGUCGCCGGUGUUUACUAUUCCUCCUGGUUUGAGUCCGUCUGGGUUUUUGAACUCGCCUGGAUUCUUUUCUCCACAGAGCCCCUUUGGGAUGUCACACCAACAGGCUUUAGCACAGGUUACAGCUCAAGCUGUCCUUGCACAAUCUCAUAAUAUGCACAUGCAACCUGAAUAUCAACUGGUCUCAUUUGAUCCUCCCACCGACCAACUGGUAGAGCAGCAGUCUUUUACUCGAAAUGAAUCUUCGGAGCAGCAAGUGGCAGCACCUGUAUCAGAAUCUAGAAAUGCUCAAAUGGAAACGUCGGAGAUUACAGACUCUGAUAAGAAAUAUCAACCACCUUCCCUACCGAUUGACAAACCUGCAGAUGAUGGCUACAACUGGCGCAAGUAUGGACAGAAGCAGGUUAAGGGGAGUGAGUAUCCGCGGAGCUACUAUAAAUGCACACAUCUGAAUUGUCCCGUCAAGAAAAAAGUUGAGCGUGCCCCUGACGGUCAUAUAACUGAAAUUAUCUAUAAAGGCCAGCAUAAUCAUGAGAAGCCUCAGGUAAAUAGGCGCAUCAAAGAAAAUAGUGAUGUGAAUGGAAAUGCAAACGUUCAACAUAACUCAAACUCACAAGGGGAUUCUAGACCACUACCGAGAUCAACUGAAAUUGUGGAAGUGGAUGAUGCAGACAAUAAGGAAGAGGGAGGUGACUCGGGGCCAAACCCAAAGAGAAGGAGCAUUGAGCCUGUUGUUCCGGAAGCACCUGCAUCUCAGAAGACUGUCACAGAACCCAAAAUCAUUGUGCAAACAAGAAGUGAAGUUGAUCUUUUAGACGACGGCUACAGGUGGAGAAAGUAUGGUCAGAAAGUGGUGAAGGGAAAUCCUCAUCCUAGGAGUUAUUACAAGUGCACUAGUGCAGGAUGCAAUGUGCGCAAACACGUUGAGAGAGCAUCAACGGACCCAAAAGCUGUCAUAACUACGUACGAGGGAAAACAUAAUCACGACGUCCCUGCUGCUAGAAACAGUAGCCACCACACAGCUAAUAGCAAUUCAAUGCCAUCAAAGCCAACGGCAAGGGUGCCAGAGAAGCAUCCUUUGCUUAAAGAUAUGGAGUUCGCAAACAAUGAUCAGAGACCUGUACAUUUGCGCUUAAAAGAAGAGCAGAUCAUAGUAUAA